CAGUUCUGUAGGCGCCUGUGUUCCGUGCGGCAGAAGGGUUUAGAGUUGAACGUGGAAAAACGUGUAUUCUGAGGAACUGUGAUUUUGAGGCGUGAAGCGCGUCUGGCUUGCCCUGUUUCAAUAUGGCGGCGUAGCCUGUCUGAGUGUCUUCCUUCCUCUCUCCCGCCCCCAGGCUUUGUUUGAUUGGCUAGCGGACGGCGCCGUAGAGUGACGCACAAGGGUGUUGACCAAUCGGCUUAGAGCUGAGGUGGACUUGGUGGUUGGAGCCGGAGCCCGGCUUUUAGCAGCUGUGGUUGCGGAAGGCUGCGGCCAGUUUUUUUUUAGACAAUGGCCACAUACCUGGAGUUCAUUCAGCAGAAUGAAGAACGCGAUGGUGUGCGUUUUAGUUGGAAUGUGUGGCCUUCCAGCAGACUCGAGGCUACAAGAAUGGUUGUUCCCCUUGCUUGUCUUCUCACGCCUUUAAAAGAACGUCCAGACCUGCCUCCCGUACAGUAUGAACCAGUGCUCUGCAGCAGGCCAACUUGCAAAGCCAUUCUCAAUCCACUUUGUCAGGUUGAUUAUCGAGCAAAGCUUUGGGCCUGUAAUUUCUGUUUCCAGAGAAAUCAGUUUCCUCCAGCUUACGCAGGCAUAUCUGAGGUGAACCAGCCUGCUGAAUUGAUGCCCCAGUUUUCUACAAUUGAGUACGUGAUACAGCGAGGUGCCCCAUCCCCUCUGAUCUUCCUGUAUGUGGUAGACACGUGUCUGGAGGAUGAUGACCUCCAAGCACUCAAGGAGUCCCUGCAGAUGUCCCUGAGCCUACUCCCUCCGGAUGCGCUGGUGGGUUUGAUCACAUUUGGAAGGAUGGUACAGGUUCACGAACUCAGCUGCGAGGGCAUCUCCAAGAGUUACGUCUUCCGGGGUACGAAGGACCUCACUGCCAAGCAGAUCCAGGACAUGCUGGGCCUGACCAAGCCUGCGAUGCCCAUGCAGCCAGUGCGCCCGGCUCAGCCGCAGGAGCGCCCGUCUGUGUCCACCAGGUUUCUGCAGCCCAUUCACAAGAUUGACAUGAACCUCACUGAUCUUCUUGGGGAACUACAGAGGGACCCGUGGCCUGUACCUCAGGGAAAGAGGCCUUUGCGAUCCACUGGUGUCGCCUUGUCCAUUGCUGUAGGCCUGUUGGAGGGCACUUUUCCAAACACGGGAGCCAGGAUCAUGCUGUUCACUGGGGGACCCCCCACCCAGGGACCUGGCAUGGUGGUUGGAGAUGAAUUAAAGGUUCCUAUUCGUUCCUGGCAUGACAUUGAGAAAGACAAUGCCCGCUUCAUGAAAAAGGCAACCAAGCACUAUGAGAUGCUUGCGAACCGCACUGCUGCAAACGGUCACUGCAUUGAUAUUUACGCCUGUGCCCUCGAUCAGACUGGACUCCUGGAGAUGAAGUGUUGUCCAAAUCUUACUGGAGGCUACAUGGUGAUGGGAGAUUCUUUCAACACUUCUCUCUUCAAGCAGACAUUCCAAAGAAUUUUCAGUAAAGAUUUUAAUGGCAAUUUCCGAAUGGCCUUUGGUGCUACUUUGGAAGUAAAGACCUCAAGGGAGCUGAAGGUUGCGGGAGCCAUCGGACCCUGUGUGUCUCUGAAUGUGAAAGGACCGUGUGUGUCAGAAAACGAGCUUGGUGUCGGUGGCACGAGCCAGUGGAAAAUCUGUGGCCUGGAUCCCACGACGACGCUCGGCAUCUACUUUGAAGUAGUCAACCAGCACACCCCGAUCCCGCAAGGAGGCCGAGGCGCCAUCCAGUUUGUUACGCACUACCAGCACUCCAGCACCCAGCGGCGCAUCCGUGUGACCACCGUUGCCCGCAAUUGGGCAGACGUGCAGAGCCAGCUGAAGCACAUCGAAGCGGCAUUUGACCAGGAGGCGGCGGCGGUGCUGAUGGCGCGGCUAGGGGUGUUCCGAGCCGAGUCAGAGGAGGGGCCAGACGUGCUCCGGUGGCUGGACCGACAGCUCAUCCGGCUGUGUCAGAAGUUUGGACAGUAUAACAAAGAAGACCCCAUGUCAUUUAGGUUAUCAGAUUCCUUCUCUUUAUAUCCUCAGUUCAUGUUCCAUCUUAGAAGGUCUCCAUUCCUCCAAGUCUUCAACAACAGCCCUGACGAGUCUUCGUAUUAUCGGCACCACUUUGCCCGGCAGGACCUCACCCAGUCCCUCAUCAUGAUCCAGCCCAUCCUGUAUUCCUACUCCUUCCACGGGCCCCCAGAGCCUGUGCUCCUGGACAGCAGCAGCAUUCUUGCUGACAGAAUUCUGCUCAUGGACACUUUCUUCCAAAUUGUCAUUUAUCUUGGUGAGACCAUAGCCCAGUGGCGGAAGGCAGGCUACCAGGACAUGCCCGAGUAUGAAAACUUCAAGCACCUCCUGCAGGCGCCCCUGGACGAUGCACAGGAGAUCCUGCAGGCUCGGUUCCCGAUGCCGCGGUACAUCCACACAGAGCACGGGGGCAGCCAGGCUCGAUUUCUUUUGUCCAAAGUGAAUCCAUCUCAGACACACAAUAACCUGUAUGCUUGGGGACAGGAAACGGGAGCGCCCAUCCUCACUGAUGACGUUAGCCUGCAGGUGUUCAUGGACCAUCUGAAGAAGCUGGCUGUCUCCAGUGCUUGUUGAGCUAAGGAUAUAGGCAGGAAAUGGAAGAAAACACUGUCACUUUGUGUUCACAGUUGUUUAUAAAGGCUUAACAUUCCUCUUACUUGGCCAGUGGAUUUUAAUAAAUAAUCAAAGGAAGUGUUAGUAACUCUUUAGAUUUUAAUUUAUUUGUAUUCCUUAUCUGUGCCCUUUUCUUACUCCAUAAAAUUAUAAGGUCAUAAACAUUUUGGUAUUGGUAGUUUAUAUGCUUUUUGUAUCCUAACUUUUAAAGUCUGUAUAAAAUCAGAGCUAAUGUAUUUUGGCAACUUGCUUACAUGAAAAUCAUAAUGAUCAGAAAGGAAAUAAAUCUGGAUGAAGAAAGCACUGGUUAAAAUAAUGCUAAUACCUAUUUGAUUUCUGAAGUCUCUGUAAGUAUUGAGUAUGUUUUAUGUAAAUUCUCCAACAAGUAAUUCCUCAACUUAAUCUUCAUUUACUGUCCAAAUAUUAACAGAUAAGGAAAUGUUAAGAAAUAAUGUGCAGCUGUUGAGGCCAAGUGGUCUGGAGUGUCACUGUCCCUCCCUCACCUGAGAUAUAGAGAACACAUUGGUGGUUACCAGUGGAGGAGGGAUGGGGAAGGGUGAAAUGGAUUAAGGGGGGUCUGUUGUGCUGUGAUGGAGGGACACUAGGGGCUGUGGUAGUGAAGUCACUGCAGUGCAUACAGAACUUGAAUUAUAGUAUACAUGUGAAACAUGUUAUAAACCAGCGUUACCUCAAUUAUAAAAAUUCUAGCUGUUCUACCCAGUGGAGUUCAUUCUUGUUUUGAGGUUAUAUCCUCUUUUACAUAGGCCCCCAAUGGCUAAGAUGGUAAACAAUCUGCUUGGGCUGCAGGAGACCUGGGUUUGAUCCCUGGGUCCAGAAGAUCCCCUGGAGGAGGGCAUGGCAACCCACUCCGGUAUUCUUGCCUGGAGAAUCCCAUGGACAGAAGAGCCUACAGGGCUACACAGUCCAUGAGGUCGCAGAGAGUUGGAGAUGACUGAGCAACUAACACACAAUUGCUAUGACAGCUGUCAUCCAGUAAUUUCUUUUGUUGGACUCCUCUGUUAGUUUCCAGGAGUAAUAAGGACCUAAUCUAUAGUACAGGAAACUCUACUCAAUACUCUGUAAUGACCUAUAUGGGAAAGAAUCUAAAAAAGAGGAUCUAUGUAUGUGUAAACUGAUUCACUUUGCUCUACACCUGAAACUUGACACCACUGUAAAUCAACUAUAUAAGGAUAAAAAUAAGUGCUGGGGAUUUCCUUGGCAGUCCAGUAA